UUACACGAAAGAGAUUGAGAGAGAGAGAGAGACUAAAAAGAAAGAUCUAGAAGAGAAGGCGAAGAAAGAAGAAUGGCGUUGCAAUGGCUGAUUCUGUCGUAUGUGGUAGCGGCCGAAGUUGUAAUCACCCUCGUGUUGACUCUACCUUACCCUAUGCUUAUUAAGAAACGUGUCGUUCAACUUGUCUCGUUGAUUCUCCAACCUGCUGCUUCCAUCGUCGCCUUCGCCGGAUUCCAGCUCCUCGAUAUUUACUGGAAGGCUGAGCAUAGACUUUCUUGUUCAUCUGAGGUAUGCACUGCUACCGAACGGGAUCGCUACGAGAAAUCUAUCUACAAGGCUCAGAGGAAUGUGGUUCUGUGCGCUGCAGGAAUUCUUCUCUACUGGUGCAUCUACCGCAUCUGCAAGUUCAACAAAGACCUGGAGCUCUUGGAGGCAGAGGCGAAGAAGAGAUCCAAGGAAGAGUAAUAAUCUUCACGAGUAUAGGAGUUGGUUCCACAAAACCAUUGCACACGAUAUGUAUAUCAUCAGUGUCUAUUUCUUUCUGCAUCUUUGAUCUAUUUUAAGAACAGCCUCCAUUUAUGCUCGUGUCAAGAAUUAUCAUGUACAGACACUAAUUUUUGUUAAACGAACCACAACUAUGAACUUACUUCUCCACCGAACA